AUGUUACACUCACCUACUUCUUUAUCGUUACAAGACUUGAUUAAUGCACCUGAAAAGGCAGAAUGUCUACUUGAACUCUUGACCGCUGAUCAGAUCUCGGCUAUUGAACACACCAUUGGAAAGGUCAAACGUAGACGACUGACACAUGGCCAUCAUAAAAAGGAAAAGCAAGACGAUCAACAGAUAGCCAAUCAUCCCACAACAGCUCCGAACAAUGAACCUGUUACCGAGGUCAGAGAUGGCGUCGAAUGGGUGUCCUUUGUUUAUUCACAUAAUCGUGCCCUUAAACGUUACUCUAUCCGUACAGAUAUUCAAGCAGUCGACGUUUCCAUUCUAGACGAUAAAUUUAGAAGCGAAAAUUGUGUCUAUCCUAGAGCCAAUUUACCUAAAGAAGAAUACAAUGGCAAUCGUUGGGCUUAUGAAACCGAAUGCAAUCUUCUUGGAUGGAAGCUGGCUUUUUUAAAUAAAGAAGAAAUUGCCGGAAAAAGAGGUCUUAUCCAACGUGCUGUGGAUUCUUACCGUAACCGUUAUCCUAGUAUGCGCUCUCGUCGUGUGGCUCGUCAGGAAAAGUUACUGAAUGGUACCCUCCGUAAACGUAAACACAGAGAAGGCGACCCUCCUCAUGGAGAUCCAGCCGCGGAAGCGCAUGUGGCCCCAUCGACCCUGCAUACGCAUACGCAUCAUCCUAAAACAAUCGCUAUUGAAGACGCUCACCACCAACGUUUCCGUAUCAAGAUCAACGUUGAAUCUGUUCCUUUGGAAGAAAUCAACAUUGAAUUCCGAAAAGCCAAUUGUCCUUAUCCCCGCGUCAUGCGUAUUCCAAAGCCUGCUACGAAUGAUGCUCGUUGGGUAGAAGAGACGAUGUGUAAUGAAUUAGCUUGGAAACUUGCCUGGUUGAAUCCUCGACAUUUAGCCGGCAAGAAGAACAUGCUUCAGCGUGCUUUGGAUAUCUAUCGUUCGAAAUUCAUGCCCUCUCUGCAACCACGUAAGCAUUCCAGUCGGACGGCCCCCAUUUCGCCCCCU